ACGCAGAAGUGGUCAAACCGUUACUGGUGACGCAUCUUGUCACACCCUGACGUCUCUGGGCAGAGAUCGGAGACCAUUUGAUACCUUAGCGGACGAGAAAAACAACGAGAUUUUCUUCAUUCCUUGAUCGGUCGCCAGUGAGUUGACAGAGUUUUCCUUUAAACCAGACCUGGGAUUAGAAAACAAGAGGUAAAGAAGACGUCUAUCUCAGUGACCAAUCCACCAUGGCGGAUUCGCAAAAACACGAGAAGCCCAAUGUCGACUUGCGCCGCAUCGACCUCAUCAUACAUGUUGAGGAAGGACGCGAAGUUCAAAAUAGCUGGGCUAACAGGCAUGAGGCCAAUUCUGAAAAACACGAUCCUUGGGAUUUGUCUGUGUUUUCUAAGGACUCCGCAACAAUGGACGUGAGGGAACAUCUGAGAGAGACAAUGGCCAAGCUGGUCAACAGCAAGUUUGUCAGCCACUUGAAGGGGGACAUCAACAACAACAGCAAAAAGAGCAAAUGGAAGUACAACUUCGCAAGCAAAAGCUUCGUCCUGAAAAACCCUGAUGACGUCCACAAGAGACGUAGUCCCGUUCGUUCUAUCUCAGUCCGGCCAGCUGACAAGUCUGCACAUCUGCUGGACAAAAAACAACUACACAAGUUGCGGUCCUGGGUACCUAAACGGUUUAAGUUUCACCGGCCAACAACGCUGUUCAGCACAACCAAGGACGGCUUCCACCUCCAGACCAUGUACCACAUGUGCAGAAACUACUCGGAGUUCGCGCUCAUAAUUCGCACUGACAAAGAUGAGAGGUUUGGUGCAUUUAUCAAAUGUCUGGAAACCUUUGAAGACAGCAGGAAAGUCCGGGGAUACUGUGGAACCGGGGAGACGUUUGUGUUUUCCUUCGCCCCUGUGCCCGUGAGGUACCCAUGGGUCGGACAGACGCAACAAAAAACCAGACCCUCCCAGAACAUGUUCAUCUCAGCAGCCAACAACAGCUUAAUCAUCGGGGGAGGUGACGGAUAUGCCAUACAGCUGGGCUCCGACCUGGAACGAGGAUACACCGGGAUGUGUGACACUUUCUACAACCCCAUUCUCUGUCAGGACGUCCACUUUCGCUGUCUGGAGCUGGAAGUUCUGGGUUUUAGAAGCUAAAAAGUGUCAGACAGCUGCGGAAAAAUCUGUAUACGCAUGUAUUUGUAUAGGUGGCAUAUCCGCCAUUUGGCGAAACACACAAGUUACUAGUAUAUAUACUUUGGAUACUGUAUUUGUAUAUAGAUCCUUUACUGACUCGACUAUAUGUCAGUGGAAAC